AUGGUAAUUGCCUUGUUAAUGCUUUGCUUUCGACGCGCUGUGGUGGUGUCUUUGGUAGAGCAAUGGCGUGCUCGUAUAUUUCUUCUCUUGAACCUAGUGUUGCUGGCCGUUUUAUUCACAUCUCUUCACUUCAGUACAGGGUCAAGCGACAACAAUCAGCAAGAUGAUAGCAAUGUAGAUGGGAAAAUCGUGACUAAACAAAAAUCCGAUGUAGUAACUACAAGUGUUAGUACUACUUGUAAUGGUCAAAGUUGUAAAUUGACACGUAAGAAGACAACAAGCAAUGUUGUUGUUAAUAGUAAGGUGGAAAAAGAUGUGGAGUUGUCAGAAGAAGAGCUUAAUAGAAGAGUUGAAGCAUUUAUUGCUAUGUUUAAACAGCAGUUGAUCUCUGAUUCUAAGAGAAGAACGAGAGAUGUUUCUGCUAGUAAAUCUCGAGGAUCCACGAAGCAACUUUUUGAUUAG